AAUUCUUGAUUAAAUUACAAACAUUCCGAUCUAUCUGCAAUUUUCAACCACAUAAUUCUUGAUUCCUGAUUCUUCCAACAGUUGAAUUCUGCAACUUCUUUUGUAUAUUCAGAUCAAAGAAUUCUGAUGAUAUACGAAGGUGGUGGAGUCUAAUCUGAGGAAAUUGGUGUAGGGUUGAAUGCGCCUCCGAGAUCCAAGCGGAGGAGGAGGAGGCGCAAACGCAAACGCAAACGCAAACGCAGUCACGUCAUCCACAUGCGCUGGCUACUACUAGAUCUGGGCAACUAAUUUGAAUCUGAAACGUAUCCCUUCCACCUCCACAAUUCCGCCCACAGAAAUUAGGGAAGGAUUUACGGAACUACAAUAUAUAAUUGAUUUGAUCGAACCUACAUGGAGCUUCCUCAACCCCACUCCUAUGGCACUCAAGGCCGGAAACCUACGCAUGACUUCCUUUCACUUCGUUCACCUGCCCAUCAAGAUCCAACUCUCACUCCUCCGGGUCGAUACCUCAAAACAUACGACUUAUUGCAACCGCUAGUGGGGAAGAAUGGUGAUGAAAUAAGAUCUACUGAAAAACCCAUGUCCAACAUUCUUCCUAGUGGGAUUGGGAGUUACAGCAUUAAUCACAUUUCUUACAUCAAUCAAAGCCAUAGAUCAUCAAAGCCUGAAGCUGCACAGUCAAGUAGUAGUGAUAGAAAUGAUGAAAACUCAAAAGGCAGUUCUUACACAGCUGGGAAUGGGAAUGGUUUCAAACUGUGGGAAGAAUCUGCUGGAAACAAGGGAAAGACAGGGAAGGAGAAUAUUGCUGGCAACAGGCACAUCAUAAGGGAGGGGGACAUGAAGAUUGGAGGAGUUCCAUGGAUAACAUCACCAUCACAGUCUUCAUCCAUCCAUAACCAUCCGACCACAAACAUUGGUUAUCCGUGGUAUGUUGGUAUUUUUUGCAGUCAUUCAGCACAAAAGAAUCAGAGUUUUGUUGAUAUGUUAAAAUCCGCUAAACCUUCCCAAGAAAAUGUGGAUGAUAAUGAUGGAGAGUUUGUUAUCAAGACAGAGACAUCCUCCCACCGCAAAGAUGUUGUUUCAGUUAAAGUUGAACCAAAACCCGAUCAAACGCCUAAUAUCCUGCGGUCGAAGCACUCUGCUACAGAACAGCGUAGAAGAAGCAAAAUCAAUGACAGAUUUUCAAUGUUGCGAGAUAUCAUCCCUCAUGGCGAUCAAAAGAGAGAUAAGGCAUCAUUCCUGUUAGAGGUUAUUGAAUACAUCCAGUUUCUACAAGAGAAGCUGCACAAGUAUGAAGAUUCAUAUCAGGGAUGGAGCAGUGAACCACCAAAGACAAUCCCUUGGAACAGUCAAAGACCAACACAAGUCCCAAAUGGUGCAUCUGGACCAGCAAUGGUGUAUGCUGCUGCCAAACUCGAUGAGAACAACAUCAGUAUAGCACCAAACAUCCCCCGAGAAGGCCAAAACCUAUUAGACACCGACAUGAGUCGUCUUGAUUCUAUCAAGGAAAUUGAUCAAUCCACAAAAGAAGCAUCUUCUUUCCCUAUGGCUUUGCAGCCAAACAUCUGUGCUGCUGCACCUCUAUCCAGACAUGAACCUGAAUUCUGUCAUAGUAGAUUGUGUGCUACUGAUUGCAGUGUUAAGUGGGAUAAUAAGUUGAAAGAGCAGGAACUAAUAAUAGAAAAUGGAACAAUCAGCAUCUCAACCAUCUACUCCCAAGGGUUAUUGAGUACUCUCACCCAAGCAUUACAGAGCUCGGGUGUGGAAUUGUCACGAGCGAGUAUCUCCAUACAAAUCGACUUAGGAAAGAGAGCAUAUCCUAAUUCCUCAACACCAAACUUUAAGAAAACACAAAUUGUUGGCGUCGAUGCAAGCGGUAGGGAGGAGGAGGAGAAUGAUAAAGGCCUGAAGAGAUUGAAAACAAGCAUAAACGACUAAAGGUUGAUAUUGAAUUGAUGCACUGUACAUGUAGUGGUUUUUUAUUUAUUAUUUCUAGUACAGGAAUCCAUUGAUAGUUUUGUCUUAUAGUAUUCAAUGAUGGAAAUUGCAUAUCUUGUUUUGGGGUCUGUAUUUUUGCUUUGAAGGUGAUACAAGGUAGAUGAAUGUUUUGUAGUCCCUGGACACCAAGUGGGGAAAAACCAUGUUUUUAUCUGGCACCCAUGUUCGUGUUCACGAUUAUGAUCGCUUAAGCUUACUUGAACAUCUUGUAAGGCAAUGUUUUAGACCGUUGAUAUGAAAUAUCACUCGAGUGAAAUGUGAGC